AUGUUAUUAUUCUAAUUUGGUGCUAAUAUGUUCAAAAUAGAUUCGCUUUAGCUACUUGUAUUGAAAAUACUUAAUUUAUUUAGCAAACUAAGUCAAAAAUUCGAGGAAACUAUUAGGAUGUAGCUUCUGAAAAAAAUGGAGCAAUCAUCACAACAGCUAGGAUCAUCAAUUUUUACUAUCCUGGCUCUCUUGCAAGUCCCUUAAGGGAUAGUUUAUACUUUUAUAUUGAAUUUGGCAUGUAGGUAGGCCAUGUCUAUUUUGAUUUAUAUUUAUCUUUAAUUAUUGAGCUCACUUAACCAUAUGAAAUCAAUUUAGUACGGUUUAGAAUAUGGGAUGUGGACAACAGAAUAGCUGAUUUACAAAUUUUUCUUAUUGGAGCUGAUAGAAACACUGAGACCUAAAUUUAUAAUGGUUUUGCUUAAUCUGUAAAGGAGGUUAGAUUUCCUGAUCAACUUGUUACUAAGAUAAGAUUUUACAAUAAAAAUGGUACAUCCUAUCCUGGCCAUAAACUUCUUUCAUUCAUAAAGGUCUAAGCAUUUUAUUAAUUGUGA